UGCUCACACGCUAAAUCCAAUACCACCUCCCUCACUCCUAUCUCAUCAUUCCUUUCACGCCAAACGUGUUUGUUUUUCCAAGCAGUUGAGCUUGACGGAAUUUUUGCUCAAUAUUAUUUAUGAAGAACCUUCCUGAAUUGCCAGAAGAUGAAGAAGAAUCUCACUCUGAAGAGCAGUCAUCCCUCUUGCGUUUCCUUGCAAAAUUCCUAACCUUUCUAGCCACCCUAUUUACAUGAUAUUGCUCAUGACACAUUAAACACACAUCACAGAGAGAAGAACCUCACAAAAUCUCAUGACCCACCUAAUUCCCCACUUCCCCUCUCCUCAAACCCGCCAGACCUUGGGGACGAAUGCUGCCUAAAGAUAAAAACAACAGCCCCUUAACAGUAGUUCGUUCCCAAAUACUGAUCCGAGGCUAGAGCAAAAAUCACGCACACGAACCCAAGCCCCUCACCAUAAUCUGUCUGAUUAAAUCCCUAUCCCCUCUCCAAAUUUUCUUUCAGUCCAGUUUCCACCUAGAUUCCCAAGGGGAUUCAUGAAAAAGAAAACAGAUUAACAUCUCCUUGUCUCAAUGAAAAUCCUUGAGGGAACUUUACGUUCGCCGGAUUGGUGGCUAUGGCUUCUGCGAUUGCUACAUUGAUGGUUGAUGUAUUUACUACUUCUCACUAUACCAAGUCUCACUCUAGUAAGAACCAACAGAUUGACGGCGAUGAAGAGAAAACAGGGGAACAUGAAAGGCACGUGCAUAUUCAUACUCAUGCAACUCAUGGCCAUCCUCAGGACUCAGUUUCUUUGGUUGAUCACUCCGGUUCAUUUGAGCUUCUUCGACACCGAGUAGUCUCUCAGGUUUUGGAGUUGCGAAUUUUGGUUCACUCUGUGAUAGCCACAGAGCUGCAUUUCUUGCUGUAUAUUGAUGUAGGCAUGGAAUCCACCAUUAAAGUCACUGUCGCAAGUCAGUAUUGCAGAUAACAUUGCCACAUACUCUGUGAAGGAAACUUGUGCCAUGGGUUCUCUUUCAAGCAACUAGACGAAUAACAUGUCGAAGGAAGCCCGUAGGAUGUGCCUAAAACCUGUUGCUAGAAUGAUACCAGCAGCAAAGCACUUGACGAUUACAAACAAUUUUCCAUUGUCAUGAAGAGCUGGGAUUGAACGUGUGAAUAGCUAGUUCUAAUAGUAGUUGCUUGUUUCCUAUUAUUCUUUUGUCAUUCAACUUUUCCGUAUUAGUCUAUAUCUCUCUAUAUAUAUAAAACUACCACCACAGUCCAUAGACAUUAUUGCUAGCA